AUGGCUAAGGAAGGGUCGGAGAACAGCGGGGGGCACAGCAGCGACUGGUUCAGUCACGAUGAUGGGGCGCAGCUGGGCGAGCUGGAAUCAGUAACAAGCGCUUCACUAAAGCAUGUCCUGAACUCGGUAGCCGCUGUGGGCCAGGAGCACAGAAUGCCGCUGCAAUACAAAGCUCGGGUUCAGAAAGCAGGAAACAACAAUUUCCCAUUCUCUUCUCAUGACAACAGACAUGACAUCUGCAAUGCAGUCGAGUAUUUUGACCUGGGCAUGGGUGUGAGGAAGUUGGAUCCAGAGAAGCAGAGACAGAACUCCCACAACUUCUUCGAGUGGGCUCGUGCGCCAGGCCGGAGCAGCAGCGAAGGUUUCGUCACCGUGUACCAGAGCACGUUUGUGUCAGAUCAGAGCCCUGGAAAGGAGGAGCAGAACCACAGGCGCUACCCCAAACACCACACCCAGAGCCACAGCGACCACCAAGAGAGCUCCAGCACGCCUGCUCCUGAGGAUGAGAAAGCCCUGAAGCCACGUAAGACAUCUUAA